AUGCUUGCAACGAACAAACCGGUAGCUGAUGUCGACUCCGGCCGCAAACUUGGGAGACUUCCUUCGAGUAUUGAUGGCAGUGCAGGCUGUGCUCCUGACACGAUCAUGAUAUCUGGAUGACGACACCACGCGGUUUCGACUUCCCGAGCGAUAAGGUUCUCCGGCUGCGACGCUCAAUCUACGGUCUCAAGCAGGCCGGUCGCAUCUGGAAUCGUCACAUUGACACAUCACUCAGGAAUCUAUGA